AUGCAAAAAGAAGAAACUUUGUAUGUACCAGACAUUCCCCAUAGCCAGACAAAGAGGGAUUUUGGUUCCUUUCAUGCUUCUAAUGUGCAAGAGCUUUUAUCACUACCAGAGCAUGAGUAUAUUCCUCCACCUUGUCCAUUCACUCUGCCAUCUUUCCAGGAAUUUCUAAGUGCUGAUUCAAAAUUGCCUGUAUUUGGGAAGAAAGCAAAGAAAGAAUUUUUCUUGCUGGAGGACAGCUGCUGUUUUCUCAACCAUGGUGCUUUUGGUGGUGUCUUGAAGCAAGCACUUGAAACAGUACAUAAAUGGCAAGAGUACACAGAACGGCAACCACUGAGAUUUUAUGACAGACUUCUGCUUCCCUUGCUUGUCCAUGUGUGCAGGCGGUUGGCUUCUUUUGUUGGUUGUGAUCCGAGAGACCUGGUUUUAGUGAACAAUGUGACAUUUGGCAUGAACUCAGUUCUGAACAGUUUCCCUUUCAGUCAUGGUGAUGUUAUCCUAACUUUCAACAUUACCUACGGCGCCACAAAAAAACUUGUUCAACAUGUCUGCUCAAAAACAGGAGCCAUCAACAGGGAAGCGGUGAUACAGUUUCCUGUCUCUGGAGAACAUCAGAUUCUUGAUCUGCUGGAAGCUGAACUUGCCAGUGAAGAUGUCCGACUAGUAAUUAUUGAUCACAUACCUAGCAAUGCACCUAUCCUUAUGCCAGUUGCCAAAAUGGUUGAGAUUUGUCAUAAAUUAAAUGUACGAGUCUUAAUUGAUGGUGCUCAUGCCCUAGGUGCCCUGCCCUUGGACCUGUCCGUGUAUGCCCCAGACUACUACGUGUCCAAUGCUCACAAGUGGUUGUGCUGUCCAAAGGGUGUGGCAUUCCUGUAUGUGAAGCGAGACCUACAGGAGGAAGUGAUACCUGCUGUUGUAUCCCACGGCCUUGGGUCAGGGUUUAAUUCUGAGUUUAUCUGGGCAGGUCUUCAUGAUUACAGCCCCAUGCUGUCUCUUCAUACAGUACUUGAUUUCUGGUUGGCUUUAGGACCUGACCGUAUCAGAAACUACAUGAGGGAGACGGCAAGAGAAGCAGGUCUUCUACUAGCAGCUUCAUGGCAGAGUCAGCUUGCUGCUCCUGAACAUAUGUUUGGAUCGAUGGUGUUGGUAGAAUUACCAGCAAGUAUCCAGACCAUGUUUUCAAAUAUAAACUAUGAUGUUGCCGAAAUUAUCCAGAACAUUCUUUACAAUGAGUUUGAUAUUGAGGUCCCAGUGAAGAGUAUACAAGGCCAUUUGUAUGUGAGAAUCUCAGCUCACAUAUACAAUGAGAGAAGUGAUUAUGAGAAACUGGCACAUGCUGUAACUGUUAUCUCACAACGACCAGUGAGGAUUCCAUUAUAG